GGGCAGUGAAGGUGUGGGACUUGCGGAAGAACUACCAGCUCUACAAUAACGAUCCCCGACCGGUCACUUCCCUGCCCUACCCGGGUCACAGCUCGGCUAUUCACGGCUACACCAGCAUGGUAUUGGAUGCGUCGCGAAGGCGUGCCUUUGCCAGCUGCACAGGACCACCACAUCUACCAGUUUGACCUGCUGGCCAGCAACACUUUGGAACCUCUGGCUACUUAUGCUGGACACAGCACCCAGAGCUUCUAUGUCAAACUGGGCCUUAGCUGUGACGGACGCUUCCUGGCCAGUGGCUCUUCAGAUGCAUCAGCGUACAUUUGGAAGGUUGACACACCUGGGUUGCCCCAACUGCGGCUUGCUGGCCACCGGGCUGAGGUGGCCGUACUUGCCUGGGACACCUUCCACCCUGCCAGGCUUGCCACCUGUGGUGACGACAACCGGGUACUUCUCUGGGAUGCAGCAGGUGCGGAGGAGGAAGGCAGCAGCAUGCAGGACUGCACCCGUGCCGAAGUGUUCGCGGCUCCAGAGAGUGCAGAAACACGGGCAGGUGCAUCGCCCAGUUUGGCUCGGUUUUUACCACCACACUACCCGGCAUGCAGCGCCCGCACCCCGACGAGGACGAGCUCGUCCAUGGCCGACUGGUUCACACCGCCCACCAAGCGCAGGCUAACCAGUGUUACCAGCACGACGCCCGGAUCUUUGGAUCAUAGCACAUGCUCGGAGGGCGUUGUCACAUUACCGGAUGGCAAGUCUCUGUCACCUCCUGCCGAAGCUGUGCUGUCCCCCAGAAAGAAAGUCGACAACGCCGCAAACCUUCCGCAGCGUCGCCUGCUGCCCUGCCUCAACGCCCUCGAAGACGACAUCAAGAAAGAUGCCGGUGCGACAGGCUUGACAACGUGUGACCUGGAAAACCAGCCCUUGCAGAUGCAAGAAACGCCACCACGGCCCGUGGCAUCCGAGGUGAUGCCAUCCCCUCCGAGUGCAUCGCAUAGCCGGAAGCAGCACAAAAUCAUGACUAGGCUCUUCAAGAAGCAGGCAGCCUCUGCCGUUGACAAGGGAAAGAGCAAGGCAAAGAGGGCGCUGCUGAACACACAGCAGCAAAUAACGGCCUUCUUCAAGCGCUGACACUGUAGAGGCACAUGACUCGACUCGCUGCUGCCCGUCCCAGUUUUUCUAACUGGCCAGCCACCCACUGCCACUGUUGCUGGGUCAACAGAAGUACCACAUCGCCUCGCUUCUAGAACAGACUGAUAUUAGGCCCUCGCGGGUCUUGCAUUUUUAAUGUCGUGUCAAAGUGAAAUGCCUACCUAGUUAACACAGGUGAACAAAACAAAGAAGGAAAAAAAAAUGUGCUACUGUGUUAUGUUGUACUUUUUCCUUUUUUGUAUGGCGACCUCUGAAGUGACAUGUAUAUGCAGCAUGAACCAACAACAACCUCUUUGCUUGAACUCAGUUGAGUUUGUUUUUGUCUCUAUGAAACAGAAAAGCAAGAUGGCUUCACCUCUUACUGUUUUUACUCUUUUAAGAUUUGACAUUGUUGCACAUAAUUUGCAUGCUUUGAUACAUUUAUGAUAUCGUUUCCUCAGUGUUCACUUUGCAUAAUUAUACAUGAUUUGAAUUACUGCAUAUUCUUGUGUAAGGGUUGCACUUUUUAUUCACUGUGUGCCUGAACUUCAAAUUUGCUCCUAUUUUAAGGAUGCUGGUGUCUGACUCAAACGAUGGAAGCAGAGACAUUGCCUACAGAGUUAGCACGAAAGUUCUCCAGAACACUUCAGACGAUGCGCUUGUUGAGCACUGACGUCCGCUCAGCAUGUGCGUCGUCUUCAUGUGCAGUCAUGGACAAAUAAAGCGAACAAGGAAUUACAAAGUAGAAUAGAUUUUGCAUGUCACUCGUGGGCACUACCUUGGACCACUACUUAUGUGGCUGCGAAAGAUUGUCUCUGCCAGAAAAUAAGCGUACAAGUCGAAAUCAGGCUUUUAUUACACGCACUGGCAGUAACAAAAAAGAAAGAACAUGUGAACUUGUUCAUAUUUCAAUUGUACGUGGCUGUAUAUCAUUCUAUUGGGUUGCUUUAGAUUGGGAUAGUGUCUGAAUUCAACUGUGGUUGUCGUUAUUGCGUAUGUUGCGCAAAAGGCACCGGCUGUGUUUGAGUAAUUCAAUGCAGAUAGACAGUGAUAGGCAGUGAUUAUAUCAGUAGUAUUAAUCAUAAUGCUGUUGUUCAGUAACAGUGUCGUUUUCUGUUGAGCCACCUACCGUAAGGUCAUGUUCCAUACGCAUAUCAAAAGUUCUGAAAAGACAUCUUUUUAUACUCUUCCCAUUCAUACUGUACUUGCAUAAAGUUUUUAUUGUGUGGUAAUGUCUUCCCUGCAAAUGUUUUCUCACUGCUGCAUGUGAAAAUAAACAUAAAAUGAUUUCCA